ACUUUUAUAGUUCCAAAACAAAUGCUACUUCGGUGUUGUUUAAAACUUGUUGCUAAUUAUUUUUUUAUAGUAAGUUGUGUUAAAAAACGAGUGUGAAGUUAAAAAUGUCUACACCAUCUAAACGCCCGUCGUCGCGUGCAUCAUCGGAAGCAUCGACUCCACGAAGAACGCGAUCCUCACAACAAGUUAUCGUUCCGGAGACUCCGCAGCGUUCAACCGGCACACCUUCGAAAGAUGGCACUCCAAGUACACCACGAGCAGCUCCCGGUCCAUCUCGGACACCCCGUACACCUCGUGAAGCUCCAGGAACAUCACCUGCUCGAGCUCUUGCAUCCAGUCCCAUAGGCACAGAUAUAGACAUGAGCUCUCCUCUUAAUUACGGCACUCCAAGUUCUCUAAGCACUCCUCGCUCGCUCAUGAGAGGCAUCAUGACCCCAGCACGACAGAGGGCUGACCUCCGAGGUCACCAUAUAGCUCCCAAUGUACCGGCACCCACACCUACACGGAGAGUGGAAGGUUCAGAGGAGGCUUCGAGUGAACCUCAGCUGGUCGUGUGGGGUACGGACGUGGCCAUCGCAGAAUGCAGGGAGAAAUUCAUCAAGUUCAUCCAGAGAUACGUGGAGCCAACUGCGGUCACCAACGAACCACUUUACGAACAAAAACUUGAGGAGAUUCACACAUUGGAAGAGCCGUUCUUAGAUGUGGACUGUGAACAUGUCAGAGUUUUCGAUUCCAAACUACACAGACAACUCGUCUCUUAUCCCCAGGAGGUUGUGCCGGCAUUCGACGCAGCAGUCAACGAGUUGUUCUUCGAGAAGUAUCCGGCGGCCGUGCUCGAGCACCAGAUCCAGGUCCGGCCGUACAACGCCCCGCCGCGACACAUGAGAGACCUCAAUCCGGAAGACAUAGACCAGCUGGUGACUAUAUCGGGCAUGGUGAUACGCACGUCCGGCAUCGUGCCGGAGAUGCGGGAGGCGUUCUUCAAGUGCGCGGUGUGCGGCGCCGCGGCCGGCGGGGAGCUGCAGCGCGGCCGCGUGCCCGAGCCCGCACACUGCGCGCACUGCAACACCGCGCACUGCUUCCAGCUCAUACACAACCGCUCGCACUUCAGCGACAAGCAGCUCGUCAAGCUGCAGGAGGCACCUGACGACAUGCCUGCCGGGCGCACCCCGGCCACGGUGAGCGUGGUGGCGCACGGCGCGCUGGUGGAGGCGGCGGGCGCGGGGCGUCGCGUGCGCGUGACGGGCGUGUUCCGCGCCGCGCCCGCCGCGCUGCACCCGCGCCGCGCCACGCUGCGCGCGCUGCACCGCACGCACCUCGACGCGCUGCACUACCGCACCGAGCACGAGAGCAGGCUGCACGACAUCGACGACGGCAAAGAGCAUCGCUUCCCGCCCGAACGCGUCGAGUUAUUCAAAACUCUGGCGUCGCAGCCGGAUUGCUACGAACGUCUGGCUCGGGCCAUUGCGCCUUCGGUGUAUGAAAAUUUGGAUAUCAAAAAAGGAGUGCUACUGCAGUUACUCGGAGGGACCAAAAAGAACUUUAAUGCCGCCGGUCGGACACAUUUUAGAGCUGAAAUCAACAUAUUGCUAUGCGGAGACCCUGGUACAUCCAAGUCUCAACUGCUUCGCUGGGUGUACACGUUGGUGCCGAGAGCUCAGUACACGUCUGGCCGAGGCUCCUCUGCGGUCGGACUCACUGCUUACGUCACCAAGGACCCUGAUACCAGGCAACUUGUAUUGCAAACCGGUGCUUUGGUUCUAGCGGACAACGGUAUAUGCUGUAUUGAUGAGUUCGACAAAAUGAACGAUUCCACACGGAGCGUCCUCCACGAGGUGAUGGAGCAACAGACACUGUCAAUAGCCAAAGCCGGUAUCAUAUGUCAACUGAACGCUCGCACCUCGAUCCUGGCGGCCGCCAACCCCGCCGAGUCGCAGUGGAACAAGAACAAAACGAUCGUUGAAAAUGUUCAACUACCGCACACGCUCAUGUCCAGGUUCGACUUAAUAUUCCUCGUGCUGGAUCCACAAGACGAAGUGUUCGACAGACGUUUGGCCUCGCACCUGGUAUCCCUGUACUAUAAAGAUCCGAACGAUCCUCAAGAUGACGAGGAUGCUAUUGAUAUAAGUCUGAUGCGGGACUACAUAGCCUUCGCGAAGGAGCACGUGCAGCCCACGCUCAGCGAGACGGCGCAGCAGCGGCUCAUAGACGCCUACGUCGACAUGAGGCGCGUGGGCAGCGGCCGAGGUCAGAUAUCGGCGUAUCCAAGGCAGCUCGAAUCUCUCAUCAGGUUAGCGGAAGCGCACGCCAGGGUUCGACUUUCUUCCGUUGUUGAACUGAUAGACGUGGACGAAGCGGCCAGACUUCACCGCGAGGCUCUGAAGCAGUCGGCCACGGACCCGGCCUCCGGGCGCAUCGACGUGGGCAUCCUGACGUGCGGGCUGGGCGCGGCGGCUCGCAAGCGCCGGGCGGACCUGCGCGCCGCGCUCGCCGCACUCAUCCAGCCGCUGCACAAGCCGCUCACCCUCACCCACGCCAAGCUCCUGCACGACAUCAACGCCGCCUCGCAAAUAACUGUAACAAGAGAGCAGUUAGACGAAGCACUGAGGGACCUACAAGACGAAGGGAAAGUUGUAGUCGUAAGCCAUACUCACAUCAGAUUAUGUUGAAUUCAAUUAAUUUGUACAAUGUUAUUGCGUAUUUUUAAUAUUUUUGAUAAUAAAUGAUCUUAUUUC